AUGCAAGCGUCAUCUAACUCGUGCACUAAUCGCUGGAUAUAUGAGGUCACCGAGCCCUUCUUACGGAUUUGCUCGGGGGCGCCUGCGGUCGUGAACGAUACACAACUGGCACUCCAAAAGGACGAACAUGGCUCAUACCAAAGGAUUCCAUAUGUGAAAGUGCUCCGUCGCUUCAAACUAUCCGACCUGAGCGUCCGGCUGCCGGAGAAGGCAACAUAUCCGCGCUUUGUCGAUCUUCUUAUUACAACCAAGAAGAACACCUACACUCUCAUCGAGUUCAAGAACAUUCAACUGCCCUACUUGGGACUCGAUGGAGAUAAUAGCGACCGAGCGAAACAGCUAGAGACCAUGGGACUAGAAGAGAACCUUGGGUUACGAUUCAAAAAGGAUAAAUUCCGCUCAGGUACUAUCCGCAACCGGGUCGAUGGGAGAGGCAGGAGUCAGAACUCUGGAAAUGUCCGCAAGCAGCUUCAGUCUUACAUUAAGGGGCCCAGCGUACAAAGGGAGAUCACCGACAAAAAUUUCCGUGCCUUUGCGGUGAUUAUUGUCGGAUCGCGGCAGAUACUUGUACGUGAGAUGGAUAGGCAUGGCAAAUGGGUCAGCGGGAUCAAGCUCGCAUGGAAUGGUCAAACAAGUGGAAUUAAGCUUGCAGCUUCGAUUGGUUCCCGACGAGAGUACAGGAAGAUGGAUAUGAAGCCCUAG